AUGAUUUAGAUCUAUUUAGACUCAAAUCCUAUAGAAAAAAUAAGUAAUGAUGAAGAUGGAAAGUAAUAAAUAAAUAAUAACUCCAAAACUGAAAAUGGUAAUGAUCUUGUUUAAAAUAAUGAUGCAACAAAUGGAAUUGUCAAAAAUAUUAUCAUUAAACCUAUUUAGAUAUACUAAUCAAAUAGCAAAAGAACAUCAAAGAGUUAUUCUAAUUAUUCAUAAUCAGAUAGUUCUUCAUCAUCUUCAAGCAAUUCAAAAAGCUUAUAAUCUAUAACAUGUCCAUCAAAAGAAAAAUAAUAGCAUGAUAAAAACAAGACUAAAAUGUUAGAUUUUGUACUUGAUUCUCAUCCAUCAAAGAAAGAUAUUUAGAUUAGAUAUUAAGUUGAUGGAAAAUAAAGAACUAUUUCAAACAAAUUAAUUAAUUACAAACUAUCAAAAAUAAUUAAUUAGAAAUAAGAGAAUUAAGAAGAGAAAAAAGAAGAUACUAUCAAAGAUUAAACAGAUUUUUAAUAAAAUUUAAAAUAAGAAUUAGAAAUUGGUGUAAAUAGAUAUUAUUAAAAAAAUUGUUUUAAUCUAUGUUUCAGAUGUAAAUAAGUUGGACAUUUAGAAAAUUAAUGUACUGAAAAAUAAAGAAUUUAAUGCAUUUAUUGUUUAAGUUAAAAACAUCAUGGUGAUUGUUGCAAUAAUAUUUCUUGUUUUCGAUGUAAUCGGAAUGGUCAUCGAAAAUAUGAUUGUAAAGUAUUUAUUAAUAUAUAAUCAUUAGAUAAAAUUGAAACUCACUUUUUGUCCAUAUUGUGGGAAGACUAGUCAUAAGGCUGAAGAUUGUGGAAUAAUAGUGCCAGUUUAAACUAAAGGAAAUAAUUAAAUAAUAUGUUUAGUAUGUAAAUAAUAUGGACAUGCGAAUUGUAAUAUUGAUUCAUUUUAACUUUGA